CUGGGCUCAAGGGGCGGGGCGGCGGGCAAGAUGGCGUUUGGCGAGUGAUCUCCCCGGCUACCUCCAGCGGCCUCUGAGACACCGAGUCCUGUCCCCGCUACCGGCCUUCUUCCUCUCCCCCGCCCCCGGAGAUCCCUCUCUUUCCCUUCCUCCUUCUAUUUCGCGGGGGUGGGGUCGGUGGGAGGGAGGGGAGGCGGGCCUCGUUCCUGGGACACCAUGUCGGACUCUGAGGAGGAGAGCCUGGAACGGCAACUGAAAAUCGUCGUGCUGGGGGACGGCACCUCCGGGAAGACCUCCUUAGUUACCUGUUUUGCUCAAGAAACUUUUGGGAAACAGUACAAACAAACUAUGGGAUUGGAUUUCUUUUUGAGAAGAAUAACAUUGCCAGGAAGCUUGAAUGUUACUCUUCAACUCUGGGACAUAGGAGGGCAGACAAUAGGAGGCAAGAUGUUGGAUAAAUAUAUCUAUGGGGCACAGGGAGUCCUCUUGGUAUACGAUGUUACAAAUUAUCAAAGCUUUGAGAAUUUAGAAGAUUGGUAUUCUGUGGUGAAGAAAGUGAAUGAGGAGUCAGAAACUCAGCCCCUGGUUGCCUUGGUGGGCAAUAAAAUUGAUUUGGAACAUAUGAGAACAGUAAAACCUGAAAAACACUUGAAAUUUUGCCAGGAAAAUGGCUUUAGUAGCCACUUUGUCUCAGCAAAGACAGGAGACUCUGUCUUCCUGUGUUUUCAGAAAGUUGCUGCUGAAAUCCUUGGAAUCAAGUUAAACAAAGCAGAAAUAGAACAGUCACAGGACUUAUUUCCUAAUAAUGGUAAGUUUGUACCCUUUAAAGGACAUCUUUCCUAUCCCCUCAUCCUGUGGGAACAACCAUUUUAUUCUUUUUUUUCUUUUUUGCAAUUCUGGCUUUUAAAAAUUUCAUGUGUAAGUAGUAUCAUACACUUCUUGACAUUUUCUGUCUGCUUCAUCUCAUUUUGCACAAUGUACUUGAAGUCCAUCCAUAUUUUCACACAUGGCAGACUGUUAUUUCUCAUGGCUGAAUAAUAUCACUUUGUGUGUGUGUGUACAUAUAUUUAUAUUCCACAUUUUCUUUAUUCACCUAUCAGCAGGCACUUUGCUGUUUCCAUAUUUCGCUUAUUGUAAAUAACACUGUAAUGAACCUGGAUGGGCGUGCAUGUAUCUUCAGAUAAAUACUCAGGGAUGGAAUUGCUGGAUGGUAUGGUAGUUCUGGUUUUAACUUUUUGAGGAAACUCCACACUGGUUUCCAGGGGCUGCACUAAUUUACAUUCUCUUUCGGUGCAUACGGGUUUCUUUUUUUCCACAUCCUCUCCAGCAUCUCUUCUAUUCUUGAGGACAGCCAUUUUAACAGGUGGGAGGUGAUAUUUCAUAGUAGUUUUAAUUUGUUGAUUAGUGAUGUUGAGCAUCUUUUCAUGUACCUAUUGGCCAUUUGAUGUCUCUGAAAGUUCAUUUAAAAGCAAAGUAGCUGAGGUAAUCUGAACUUCUUUGCUUCUAUAUAUAAUUUAUAUACAGAAAGUGGAGGAGUAGGGCGGAAAGGAAGGGGGAGAGAGAGAGAGCCUGUGCACCUGCGUUCUGUGGUUUUAACGUCAUUUGAAAGAGUCCUGAAGGAACUCAGUGUCACAGGGUGAUAAAGUGUUUUGUAUUAUUUUAUACAGAAGAAGCUAGAUUGUAGACUCACCAGUCAUAUGGAAAUUGAUGCUAUAGUAAUUUUGUUUGUGACAAAUAUUUAUAAUAAGGCCUUAGUCUUAGUUCCAUUCACUGAUUAUUUAAAGAGAUUCUGCUAUUUUAGUUUUAACCUAGAUUAUUCCCAUUUGAGAGUCAUAUAAAAUGAGUUAUCAACACAUUUUACAAGCUGUUCAAGGAAGAGAAGAAGGAAGAAAGAAGGAAUGCAGUUUGCUAAGACAGCAGACGUGUUUUGAGGAUCUUUGUGCCAGGGCACUAGAAUCUGGGAGACAGAGACGAGAGAGCUGCAGCCCUCAUCCUGAGGGAGGGGCGCGGGGGGCUCCCGGAUUGCGUGAGGGCAGGCCGCCGCGUCCAGUGUGCUCUGAUCCGUUUCCGCAAUUCCUAUUAGUGCCACUGUCCCUGGCCAGCUCAUGGAAUAUGACUUGGUUUGCUUUGAGCUAGGUAUGUGUUAGUUUUAGUGAUCCUGUGUUUUUAUAGAUUAUAGUUCAUGUAAAGUUCUUAAAAAUAGUAGCUGUGCAUUAUAUCUGUGUAUUUUAUUUAUUUUAUCCCUAGUAGGUUGUACCUCUUAAUCCCCUCCCCCAUCUUUCCCUUUUUC